CGAACAUAAGCAUACAGAAACAUGCCCCCUGUGAGGUUCGGUCCCGGGCAGAUCCUCGAAUACAAUGAGCGAUACGGGGUGCUCAUCUGCCACGAGUGCCAGUACGCCAUCCAGAAGAGCGCCCUGCAGAGCCACCUGCUGCGACACAAGAUCUAUCGCGCCGAUAGACAACAGCUGCUGUCGUUCAUCUCAGAACUGAAUAUUCUGGAACCGGAUCAUGUUGUUCUCCCAUCGCCGGAGUCACAGCCUAUUGAUGGCCUCCCUGUCAUGUCGGGCUAUCGCUGUACGGCGGCCGGCUGUGCCAACCUUUGUGCGAGUAUAAAGCGCAUGAAAGGGCAUUGGAGAGAAAGUCAUGGAAUUAUCGAUACCUCGCUAGCUCGGCCGGCAAAAUUGCAGACUUUCUUUCGCGGCACGAAGAUUUCGUAUUUCGAGGUUACUCCUGUUGAUGCAGAAUACGAUGGGAGUGACAAUGACGACGACAAUGACAAUGACGCUGAUAUGGAAGACAUUGGUCAUGUCGAACCAUCACCAGUGCUCUCUCCAACACGUCUGGACUUGGAAACUUUGUCCUACUUUCAUCAUUUCACGUCCACGACAAACCUCACACUACCUAGCCGUCAAAGCACGCUCUCUGCAAACAAAUACUGGCAACGAGUUGUUUCCGAGGCACUCUCCCGACAAUAUUUAAUGUACGGGCUACUGGCGCUAUCUGCCUGCCACCUGGCUGCAUUUCCGGACAAUCGAAAAGAUGAACAACGUCAUCGCACGCGAGCAUCCGAGUUCUCGUCGGAAUUCCGCACUGGCAGGGAAGAGACCACAGCCGACGUCAAAGAGAUCGUCACACAUAUCGAAUGUCUACUACGCUGUGCACACUGGGCUUUGGCAGAAUCACCUUCCGACCAGCGCAUCAUGCCAGAGUCAGGCGUCCCCGAUCAGCUACAGAGCAUCAUGACAACCAUCCAAGCCUCCGUCACAGCCUCACAAGAUCUCCCAGAAGAAACACCCGCAUAUUCCCUUCGACUCUUAUCCUGGAACCCUUCCGAUCCAGGUGGCCUUUCCCCAGGAAACAACAUACCCGCUGAAAUAUGUGACCGUCUCCGCGCGCUCCCCUCUCACAUGGCCGACACAUUCGGCAGACCCGAGAACCCGCAGGACGUGUUAUGCCUUCUAUCAGCCGUGGCAUCGCUAGUAGAAUGCUGCGAUAUGAGCUUUUCAUCCGACCAGCCGGGAUCAGCGUGGUGGGGGAUGGCGACAUGGGUCAACAGACUGCCGGCCCGGUUUACCGAUUUAGUUGCCAAUCACGACCCGGCGGUCUUGGUGGUUGUUGCGCAUUGGGCAGCCUUGCUGGUGAAUCGGGCUGAGAAUUGUGGCUGUUGGUGUGUUAGGGGGUUGGCGAUGACGACGCUGCUUCGUAUUGCUGAGAGGCUUCCUGCUGAUGACGGGGGGGUGCAGCGGCUUAUUGCGCUUACUGUUGCGAGAUAGCCUUUCUACAUUAAUAUCUAGAUUAUAAACAAUUAUAAACAAUGAUUCUCCCAUUUAUUUAAUAAGUACAAUCGGCAAACUGCAUCGCCCCUGACUGAUAUAUCACACGAGUAAGCAUGUAUACUCCGGUCCUUCAGUACACCAUCAC